AUGAAAGUGACCGUACUUGGUGCUGGGCAGGACAUAGGAAGAUCCUGCGUUGUAGUGACUAUACAGAAUAGAACAAUUAUGUUUGACUGCGGUAUGCAUAUGGGCCACUCAGACUAUAGACGAUUCCCAGACUUUAAAUUGCUUGGGCCGGGCCCAUACACCGGUGUUAUUGACUGUGUGAUCAUAACGCACUUCCACAUGGACCACUGCGGAGGCCUUCCAUACUUCACUGAGCGAUGCAAGUACUCAGGACCCAUUUAUAUGACACCACCAACAAAGGCUGUCUUGCCUAUCAUUCUUCAGGACUACUGCAAGGUUUAUAACGAAAGAGAUGAUGUGGGCAAGUUUCAGCACCCUACAUACAACGAAGAAAACAUCAAGAACUGUAUGAAGAAGAUUAUACCUAUAUCAAUUGAGGAGACUGUGGAAAUCGAAAAGGACUUUACCAUAACCCCAUACUAUGCAGGGCACGUGCUAGGCGCAGCAAUGUAUCAUGUAAAGGUAGGAGAUGAGUCUGUGGUGUACACAGGAGACUACAACAUGACGCCAGACAGACACUUAGAUGGCGCGUGGAUGCCUAAAGUAUACCCAUCGGUUUUGAUAACUGAAAGCACGUACGCUCUUCUGGUGCGAGACUGUAGAAGGGAGAAAGAGCGAGACUUCAUAGAAUCUGUGGUACAGUGCGUCAAGAAUGGAGGAAAGGUUCUUAUUCCAGUUUUUGCUCUAGGCAGGGCGCAUGAGCUGUGCCUGCUUCUGGAUACACACUGGGAAAAGACUAAGCUGGAUAUUCCAAUAUACACAUCUGCCACCCUAACGCAUAAGGCCAACGAUAUAUAUAAGCAGUUUAUAGACUACACACACGAACAUAUCAGAAGCACAUUGCACAAGAGAAAUUUGUUUGACUUCCGGCACGUGAAGCAGUUUGAUUCAAACCUUGCAAGCUUGGAAGGCCCAAUGAUUCUGUUCUCUUCGCCUGGUAUGCUGCACUCUGGGCCAAGUCUGUCAAUAUUUAAGAAAUGGUGUGGUGACCCGAAUAACAUGGUUAUAUUCCCUGGGUACUGCGUGCGAGGAACAAUUGGUGAAAGAGUCCUAAACGGGGCCUCACAGAUAGAAGUGGGAGGAAUCGUCUAUCCUGUGCGAAUGAAAGUAAAGAACAUGCCGUUCAGUGCGCACGCAGAUCAGAAGGGUAUUCUUGCUCUUGUUCAGCAGUGUGAGCCAGACAAUGUCAUUCUAGUACAUGGCGAUAUUAUGAGAAUGAAAAGAAUGAAGAACAUUCUGGAAACAACACUGGGUGUUCCUACACUUCAUCCGCCAAUUGGAGCAACAAUAAACAUUGAGCGGCCAAAGCACACCACAGCAAGCAUUAACAAUGAGACCCUCACAUAUCUUAAGGAAAACAAAGGGAAAACCAUAGAUGGUCUUAUUAAAGGUUCCUUUAUUGAAGAUAACGGAAGAACACAGCUGGUCAUUUCAUCUUGUAAUAAUAAUGUUGUAUACGAUGAAAAAUAGCCUAGUUUAUACACUACCACAGAAAAAGUCUAAAUUAUCUGCCAUAAACAAACUAUGUGGUUUAUAUUUUUGGGGUAUGCUUUCUUUAGUAAGAGACAGGCAAGAAUGCACAAUGCCAAUGCAUUUAAGUAUAUAAUCAUCUGCUAAUUACUUUAAACUCAAUUUGGGUUACUAUAUAAUGAUUCUUUAUCUAACCCGAAAUAUUUUGGAAUUUCUGCAUUUCACUUUUAUUUUAACUAUAGAAAGAAUAACAGCCUGCAUACAACAAAUACUAUAUUCAACAAAAACUACUGUGUACUAGUAAAUAUUUCAUGCAAACCCCAUCUAGUAGCAGCCUAGUAACAUAUAAGAUGUCACAUUUCUACAGAAUGUAUUGAAGCUAUGACAUGUUUUAGUGCGAUAGUUUGUAUGCAUGCAUCAAAUACAUGUUUUAAUAAAAUGUAAUUUUCCA